AUGACCAUCUGGACGGAAGGUCUGUACGACCUGGGCGAGGAGUACGACUGGCUCGAGUUUUUCGCGGGCCAUGCUAAUGGGACUGGGGCGGUUCGACUUCGGGGAUUUCGUGGCGCAAAGUUCGAUAUCCAAUACUUUGCAGACUAUCGAGACUCUGCUGAUUUGGGUACAACGAACUUCAUGGACAUAACAACUCCUGCGGGAUUCUGUUUGGGGAUCAUCUUUCUCCUGAAGUGUCGCUCCUACAAGUUCGUGGCUUGGUUCGGUCUGACAUGCUCGUCUUUCUCUUCGAUGAAUGCAUCGACGUCCGGUCGCAGCCCUUCUUCCAGUACCGGUCACGACUUCCGACCAACUGUGCAAGAGGGUAAUCUUAUGGUCGAAAGGGUUUGUCUCCUAUGUGCCUUGACGGUGGCACUGGGGGGAACUUUCAUCGUGGAGCAACCUGGGGGAUCCAGUGUGGAAUACUACCCAACUUUCCGGGGCCUGUGCACGUCGCUCAUGCGAAACGACGGUGUGGCUGCCGUGUCCAGAGUUGGCUGGUACAUGGGCUACUAUUUCGGCACAUCCUUGAAGCGCCAAUAUGCCUACUCCAAUUCCCCCGCCGUCCGCAAGCUGCAGCGAGAUAAAGUGCAGGCCACACAGAGGUUGUGCAACUUGGGUAAAAUCAAAACGGUCACCCGGGUGAAGCAUCCGAGUGGCAAGGAACGCUUCUCUGGAACUAGUCAGUUGAAGGGUACAGAGAGGCUUCGACAGGAUUUGAGUAUGUGCUGUUCUGUUACAAUAUAG